AUGAGUUCUUGGAAAUGGCUGCCUAAUUUUAUUUUCUUAAUCUGUCUGAUAAACCUUGUCGCUAUUGUCAAAUCCCAGUUCCCAACUGAAAUUUUUAUUCAUUAUAGUUGUCCAGACAAUGGUACUAGGUACACAAGAAAUAGCUCCUACGAAAGAAACCUUAAUACUUCCCUCUCCUCCGUUCCGCCAAAUAUUGACGCCAAUGGAUUCUACAACGCCUCUACGGGAGAAAAUCCUGAUAGAGUCAACAUCAUUGCGCUCUGUAGAGCUGAUCUUCAGCCUUCUCAGUGUCGUGAUUAUGUGGAAAGUGCUACGGCCGAAAUCUUAAAGAGGUGUCCAAAUAAAAAACAGGCAACCUUAUGGCACGAAUUUUGUAUGGUACGAUAUUCCGACGAGGCUAUCUUUGGAACUCUUGCAAAUUCCCCAAUGAUAUCGGCUCAUAGUGGGGAAAAUGUUACAAAUACAGACGUUUUUUACUGGGAGUUGGACGUACUGUUGAACAGCCUUCACGACCAUGCCGCUUUUAAUAGCUCGCCGAAGAAGUUUGCUGCGGCCACUCGGGAUGUGGAUGAUCGGAAUCGUCCGUUAAUUUCCGCAUUUGAACAGUGCACAUCUGAUAUAACCUCGGAGGAAUGUGGNUCGAAUCAUCCGUUAAUUUCUGCAUUUGAACAGUGCACUCCUGAUAUAACCUCGGAGGAAUGUGGUGAUUGCUUAAACAAAUCUGCCCAACAGAUUCGAGAAUGCUGUGAUGGUGCACGAGGAGUUAGAAUCCUUAGUCCUAGUUGCUAUCUUCGUUUCGAAACUGAUCCGGAUCCAUUCUACAACGUAUCGAUGGUUGAAACGGUAUUCCAGCCACCAACGCCACCAAUGCCACCGCCACCGUCACCGCAGCCGUCGGGAAACGGGAAAAAUACUUCUCGAACUAUCAUUAUUAUCAUCGUUCCAAUUGCUGUGUGUCUAAUACUUGCUCUUUGCAUUGGCAUCUACUUAAAAACCAAAAAAAUGCGUACACCAAGGGAAAAUGUUGACCUUGACGGGGAGAUCAGUACUGUUGAAUCCCUACAAUAUGACUUUAGUACGAUAAGAGCUGCAACAGACAAUUUCUCUGAUGCUAACAAGUUGGGGCAAGGUGGAUUUGGUGUUGUUUACAAGGUUAAGUAUUUAAGUGAACUGUUAGCUGUCAUACAUAUUAACACUAUUAAGAAGUUCAUUGGAUAUAUGGCACCUGAGUAUUUAAUACAUGGACACUUCUCUAUUAAAUCAGAUGUCUACAGCUUUGGCGUCCUAAUUUUGGAAAUCAUAACUGGUCAAAAAGCUUAUAAUUUUCAGAAUGGGGAGAGUAUGGACGACCUCAUAAGUUUUGUUUGGAAAAAUUGGCACCAAGGAACGAUUGCAAAUAUAAUAGAUCCUGCAUUGAGGACUUCUUCAGGAUCCAUGCGUGAUAUUAUGAGAUGUAUUCACAUCGGUUUGUUAUGUGUUCAAGAAAAUGCAGUUGAUAGACCUACAAUGGGAUCGGUGGUUCUCAUGCUCUCUAGCUUUUCCUUAACUCUACCAGUACCUUCACCACCUGCAUUUUUCAUGUCAGAUACCAAUGGAUUCUAUAAUGCCUCCAUGGGAGAAUAUGCUGAUAGAGUCAACGCCAUUGCACUCUGUAGAGGAGAUGUUCAACUCGAUAUUUGUCGCAGUUGUGGAACAAAAAAUUUUGACGAGUCCAGAAGAGUUCAACUGGGAUUUGACGACAUUGUUGAACAAUCUACACAGCCAGGCAGCUUUUGGUGGUUCCCUCAAGAAGUUGCCCAAGUUAUACCACAGUGUUGUAAUGGGAAACCAAGAUUUGGUAUCUUCACCCCCAGCUGCAUUCUUCAAUAUGAAACCUAUUCGUUUUAUAACGAUACUCCUCAGCCACCACCAGCACCAGCACCAGUACGGGAACCACCAAUACUGGCACCUCCAGCUGACAAUGAAAUUGGUACUGUUGAAUCCCUCGAAUAUGACUUUGGUACUAUUAGAGCUGCAACAAACAGUUUCUCUGAUGCUAAUAAGUUCGGGCAAGGUGGAUUCGGUGUUGUUUAA